UCUCCGCGCGGGUGGGGCGGGGGCGGGGGCCGCCCAGAGGGGGGCGGGGCCAAGCUUCCUGCCCCGCCCCGCCGAGCCCCAGUCUUCAGGCACGAGUCUCGCGGCUACAGAAACGGCCCCUCGGAGGCGGCCGAACAGAGCCCCGACGGUCGGACCGACGACAGGGUCCCAGAGAGCAGGGCGGAUGGACACCUUCAGCACCAAGAGCCUGGCCCUGCAGGCCCAGAAGAAGCUGCUGAGCAAGAUGGCGUCAAGGACGGUGGCAGCCGCAUUCAUCGAUGACACGAGCAGCGAGGUGCUGGACGAGCUGUACCGCGCCACCAAGGAGUUCACUCGCAGCCGCAAGGAGGCCCAGAAGGUGGUCAAGAACCUGGUCAAGGUGGCCGUGAAGCUGGGCGUCCUGCUCCGCGGUGGGCAGCUGGGCGCUGAGGAGCUGGCGCGGCUGCAGAGCUUCCGCCAGCAGGCGCGCCGCUUGGCCAUGACCGCUGUCAGCUUUCACCAGGUGGACUUCACCUUCGACCGGCGCGUGCUGGCCGCCUCACUGCUCGAGUGCCGGGACCUGCUGCACCAGGCCGCGGGCGCGCACCUGACCGCCAAGUCCCACGGCCGCAUCAACCAUGUGUUCGGCCACUUUGCGGAUUGCGACUUCCUGGCCGCGCUUUACGGCCCCGCCGAGCCCUACCGCUCCCACCUGCGCAGGAUCUGCGAGGGUCUCACCAGGAUGCUGGACGAGGGCAGCAUCUGACCUCCGACCUGGGUCUUCCCGCUGGGGGCGGGGCUUGCGGGCUUUUUUAACUUCUUUUCUCCCAGUUUGACUCUGGCCAACUUCCCCCCAACCCCUUCCCACACGUACACACACGGGUGACCUGUACCUUCUUGGGGAACUCAGGUCACCUCGGCUCCGGCCCAAUCUACAUGGGGAGAACUCAGCCUGGAGCCGGGCACAGCCUGCCUGCGCCAGCGGCCUCCCCGCACACCUGGAGACCCCUGUCCCUCGGGUGCACCCUCUGAACAGUGACCCUUGAGUGACCCAUCUGUACCCCUCAAAUCACUCGGUGUCUCUGAAAGCUGGUGGCUUCCCACUUUAAUGUUAUUGCCUGGGCUUUUUCAUUCCUACAGAAAGGGUCAUGAGGGACCAGGAGAAAGGGGAUGUUAUGGAGUGAGCUAUGUCCUUGCCCCCAAGUUCUUCUGUUGAAAUCCUAACCACUGGGCCCACUGAUUAUGACCUAAUUUGGAAAGAGGGUGAUUGCAGAUGUAAUUAGUUAAGAUGAGUUCAUACUGGAGCAGGGUGGGCCCCUAAGCCACUGUGACUGGUGUCCCUGUAAGAAGGGGACAUUUGGACUCAGACACAGAGGAGAAUGCUAUGUGAAGAUGGAGGCAGAAAUUGGAGGGAUGUGUCAAGGAGACAAGGAAUGUCAAGGAUGGCCAGCAACCAGUAGAAGCUGGGAGAGAGCCUGGAACAACACUCAGAGGGAACCAGCCUGGCCAAUGCCUUGAUUUCAGACUUCUGGCCUCCAGAGCUGAGAGUGAACAAGCUUCCCUUGUUUCAGCCACCCAGGCUGGGGCACUUUGUUCCACAGCCCAGGAAAUGAGCCCAGGGGGCCAUGGUGUGGGCUGUGGUGGGUGCAGGCGUCUGGGUGAGGGUGCCUCCUCCCUUUGGUUGGCAUCACAAUCCUGACUCCUCGUGGGAGGGGAUAGAGGCCCCCCUCCACUUGCCCCAUGCAGGGCACCAGGGAGAAUCCAUCUGAGAUGUGGGCAUAUUUUUAAACGAUCAUUUCAUAUUUGGAAAACAAACACAAUUGUUUUUCUAGGACAGGCCUUAGAAACAAAGCUCUGCAAAUCCUGGCUUUGGUGACACCCAGCUGAAGUGGUGAUUCUUUUUUUUUUUUUUUUGUCUUUUUGUCUUUUCUAGGGCUGCUCCCACCGCAUAUGGAGGUUCCCAGGCUAGGGGUCUAAUUAGAGCUUUUGCUGCUGGCUUAUGCCAGAGCCACAGCAAUGCAGGAUCCGAGCUGUGUCUGCAACCUACACUGCAGCUCACGGCAACACUGGAUCCUUAACCCCCUGAGCAAGGCCAGGGAUCGAACCCACAACCUCGUGGUUCCUAGUCAGAUUCGUUAACCACUGCACCACGACGGGAACUCCUUUUUUUUUUUUUUUUUUUUUUUUUUAUCUUUCUUGUCUUUUGAGGGCUGCACCCGUGGCAUAUGGAGGUUCCCAGGUAGGGGUCUAAUUGGAGCUGUUGCUGCUGGCCUACGCCAGAGCCUCAGCAACCCGGAAUCUGAGCCGCGUCUGCCAACUACACCACAGCUCAUGGCAAUGCCGGAUUCUUAACCCGCUGAGCAAGGCCAAGGAUUGAACCUGCAACCUCAUGGUUCCUAGUUGGAUUCGUUUCUGCCGCUCCAUGACAGGAACUCCUCCUGAGGUGGUGAUUCUUAACUUGGGGCAUGGAGGGGGCACAUGGGGGUAUGGGAGAGUAUCUGUGAUUUAUUUGUCAGAAGUGGGCAUGGAUUUUAGACGAUUACAAGAUACAGCUGCAGGUCUGACCACAUCAGGGUGGGAAGGUUACUCUGGUCACCCUCAGGGGAGCGGGGAACAACGUCCCAUGACUGUUCUUGCAGAACCUGGUCUGUUUAAGGGCAGAGGUUGCAAACAGGAGGCCUGCAGGCCUUAUUAGGUGAGAAGAUGGGUUUGCUUGGCCCCAUCCGUGUUUGAGGCAUUUAGAAUUAGUUGCCAAAACUUAAAACCAAGGAAAUUACCCCUGCCAAUCUACAAUGGAAGUUCCUCUAGAAAACUUGCCUCCACUGCCUGCUGGUGAAGCUGCAUAGAGGUUGCCCAUCUUUGCCACAGUCCCCACCACUCCUUUUUGCCUCUCCAUGGCAUGCUGGGCUGGCUGAUAGAUUAGGACCCCAGAUUCAGGGCAGUGUCUCUGUUUGGUUUCCGCUGCCCUGCAAAAGCCAAAGGCUUUCACCCAAGAGCCAGUGGUUCCUAUCUCUCUCUGCCCUCCAUUCCUAAGGCAAACUUACCCUCUUAUCUCAGGUCAAGAAACAGAUCUUCAAAUUUGAGUACAAACAUGCAUUCUGGUUAUGUCAUGAAGCCCAAAAUGAAAUCCUUUGCUCUGCUGAUUGAAUAAUAUCCAUGUGAUAUGGCUUUGUACUUGUUCCCUGCUGGGCUAGCCAGCCUGUCUUGACUCUUUUAUACAUUUGAGGUUUAAUUAAAAAAAACAAACAAGGGGCACUAUAGAAUUAUGUAAAUAAAAACAUUUGACAGUUUUCUCUCACCUGCCAA